AUGAACCUUCAAGGAAACUUCCUAUCGUAUCUCGAUGAAGCUAUAUUUUCAAACAAUGCAAAACUUACAACUCUAUCAUUAGCAAAUAACAAAUUGACCAGAUUCAACCAAAGUACAUUCCAACCAAUCAAACCCUUUCUUUCUUCUAUCGAUCUUUCAAACAACCCAAUCAAUUGCAACUGUGAUUUAAAGGGGCUUCUUGAUUGGCUAAGUGGCUCUUUACAGCUGCUUAAUGAAGAUGAGACUAUCUGCUCGUUAGCAUCUUUGGAUCCCGUUGGGGAAAAACCUUUGCUUGAUUUUGAUCCCAACGAACUAUGUGGGCUCAACAUUGUUUUUAUCUGUGUGCUUUCACUCGCCGCCAUUUGCUUCAUGGUCAUUGUCGGCUUCGUUUAUCAUAAUCGAUGGCAGUUAAGGUUCAAACUCUAUCUCUUGAAACUGGCGGUCCUCGGGUACAACGAGCUACGGGACGCUCGAGACCACAACGACUACGAGUUUGACUUGAACAUCAUCUUUUACGACGACGAUGAACAUUGGAUUCGCGAACAGCUCCAGCCGGCUUUUGAAGAACGGCUCCCGCAGUUCGAGAGGAACGUGUUUGGUGAUGACGACCUUGUUAUAGGAAUGCACUACUUGGAUUCGGUUGACUACGUGGUUAGCAGGAGUUACAAGACUGUCAUAGUGCUCAGCAGAGCUGCCGUUCGCGAUCGCUGGUUCAUGCUCAAGCUCCGAAUCGCAAUGGACCACGUGAGUGACACACAGACCGAAUUCGUUGUGGUGGUCUUCCUCGAAGACAUCCCAGAUGAUGAGAUACCUUUCCUGGCGAGGUUGUAUCUCAGUGAUGGCAGACCUUUUCUUCACUGGCCAAAUGACGAAAGAGGACUAGAAUAUUUCUGGAAUGAAUUAGUGAAAAGUUUGACCAUUAAUCUAAGGACCAACGAUUUGAUUCCGAAUGAGUAGAACGUUUGUGCACGUAAUAAUUGUUUC